AUGACCAAUGUCUACUCAUUUGAUGGGAUUGUGGUGUUUGGACUGCUGUUCAUCUGCACGUGUGCGUACUUCAAGAAGGUCCCGCGCCUCAACAGCUGGCUGCUGUCUGAGAAGAAGGGCGUGUGGGGGGUCUUCUACAAAGCUGCAGUGAUCGGGACACGUCUGCACAUCCCCGUGGCCCUCUCCUGCUUCUUUAUGGCUUUUUACGUCAUGUUUCUGAAAUGA